AUGAAGAAGAAGAAGAAAGCCCCAUUGGGUCUUCCUGUCGAAGGCCCCGACGUCUGCCUUCACUUAGUCUUCCCUGAUCUCUUCGAUUUUGCAGGCAGGUGCUUCAAUCGCUUCACCAGUGGCUUACGCCUCUUUCCAAGUGCUCUAUUGAAGUGA